AUGCAAAUCGACUCUACUGCCACCCAAGGGACCCCUGGGAGACAACAGCCACCAUCAUCUUCAUCGUUUGUUCCAAAUUCCGCUAAUACUUGUUCCUUCUCCAAUCCAACACAGAUGAGUCCAAACCAGAAGACCGCCCCAUUGUUUCCCCAACCUGGUUUUUCUCCUCCGGCGACGGUCAGAGCUCCCGAGAACAUGACCAACUCUCCUGCCCCAUCUCUGGCUUCCACUGACACCUUGUCUUUGUUUGCCGGAGGCUCUCGUGGUGUCAAUUACGACAGGGAAGGAACAGCGUUCAACCGGCAUCAGAUCAAUGUGGACUUUCAAUUUCCGGAAGCCCACAAAGGCUUUAUCGUUGAGCACAAUCCAAGAAAGGUAUGCAAUGGUUACCAUUGUCAAACUAUGGUACUUACAAGAGAGAUCGGAAUGGAAGAUUUGCAGUCACAGAGUGCAUAUAUGCAUGAUGGUUGCAUUAUCUUCCAGGGCCCAACCCGACCUUUGCAUAUUAUGAAGCGGCUGCCCAACCUCCCUGAAAACCCCUUGGCUGCCAAAUCUGAUAUCAGGAAUGUCCACCACCAGACAGUUGCACACCUUAAGUUGAGUCCAAUGUGCGGCACCUCCUUUUGGAAAAUGGUUAUUCCCGAAGACUGGGAGCUUGAUAAUGCCUGUCUGUCGAAUGAUGCUUCUGAGGUCGUGAUGACAGUCCUUCCACUCGGGGACAAUGUUAAUAGCGUUCAAGUCAACGCCCCCCUUGCUCAUGGGAGAUUGCUCGAAAGUGCACCAACAGUUUGA